AUGGAAUUCAAAAAGACCACGGGCAAUGUUGCUUUAGUAUUCGGGGCUUCCGGCAUUUCCGGUUGGGCUUUGAUGCGCGAAUGUCUCAACUACCCAUCCACUAAGGUGUUCAUGCGAGUCAUUGGCUUGUGUAAACGACCUUUGGCUAAAGAGAUAGCCCGGUUGCCGGAAGACCCAAGAUUGGAAAUGCACACCGGACUGGAUCUUACCAAUACAGAGUUAGCCCUUCGAAGACUCGCAGUCAUUGCGGACGUUGCAGCCGUCACACAUGUCUACUUUGUCACUUACACGGGUCAUGGCACCACUCCAGAGAAUCUGGUGGACGUUAACUCGGUAAUCGUCGACAACGCUUUGAAGGCUGUCAAUGUCCUCUGCCCAAACAUCAGUUUCGUUUCCCUGCAGACAGGUGGCAAGGGCUAUGGCAUGGUCAGGCAUGGAUGGCCUCCCGCACCAUGGAAAGAAACACUGCCCCGCAUGCUGGAACCGUAUGCGUCAAAGAUCUUCUACUACACGCAGCACGAUGUGGUGGCAAGACAUGCUGCAGCUAGUUCGUGGGAAUGGCUCGAGAUCAGGCCAUCAUUUCUACCUGGUUUUGUCCCACAAUUCAAUGCCAUGAACGUUGCGCAGUCGCUAGGAUUGUAUCUUUCCUUCUAUCGGUCCGCCAAAGGCGACCGGGCGAUAUGCCCGUUCCCAGGAAGCCAAGAGUCUUGGGUCGCACUGCACACUGAUUCUUUCAAGGAUGUAGUUGCUCGUUUUCAUAUUCACGUCUCUCUCCACCCAGAAGGCACCAACGGGCGCGCCCUCAGUGUUGGAGAUGGUGAGCCGGUGUCAUGGCAGAUGAAAUGGCCACUGGUGUGCAACUACUUUGGUCUUGAAGGGGUUGGGCCGCAAGAGCGGGCCACAGACCAAGCCUAUGGCAUUGAAUGGUUGAUGGCUCAGAAAGACUCAUGGCCAGUCUGGGUUGCAGCACAUGGUCUUCAACCGAGUGCCAUGGAUGAUGUCCAAUGGGACAUACUCGCGACAACCCUGGCCACGCCCAUCCGGAUUGACUUUGAUCUCAUGGCGUCUCGAGAGAUCGGGCUUGUGAGACAUAGGAGCCUGGGAAAGGCUACACUUUGA